GCCCUCCACUCCAGCCCUGCCUCCCGGGCUCAGACCCCUCCCGGUGGCUCGCGCCAGGUGGCGCUGUCUGCGGCGUCGCAGCGGCCCUGGCUGCCGCGGCGACGAUCUCCCAGCGGGCAGUGCGGCCCGGCUCUCCUGAGGCUGCGAGUGCCACGUCCCAAGUGCUACGCGGAGGAGCGGAGAGGGCGGUGCGCGGGGGGGGCGGGGAGCAGCGCGGAGCCCGGCCUGGCCGCCUUGAUCGCCCGCCGCCAUGGGCUCCUCGCAGAGCGUCGAGAUCCCAGGCGGGGGCACGGAAGGCUACCAUGUCCUGCGGGUACAAGAAAAUUCCCCAGGACAUAGAGCUGGACUGGAGCCCUUCUUUGACUUUAUUGUUUCUAUUAAUGGUUCAAGAUUAAAUAAAGACAAUGAUACUCUUAAGGAUCUACUGAAAGCAAAUGUUGAAAAGCCUGUAAAAAUGCUUAUCUACAGUAGUAAAACACUGGAGCUGCGAGAGACCUCAGUCACACCAAGUAACAUGUGGGGUGGCCAGGGCUUGUUGGGAGUGAGCAUUCGUUUCUGCAGCUUUGAUGGGGCAAAUGAAAACGUUUGGCAUGUGUUGGAAGUGGAAUCAAAUUCUCCUGCAGCACUGGCAGGUCUUAGACCUCAUAGUGAUUAUAUCAUUGGAGCAGAUAUGGUCAUGAAUGAGUCUGAAGAUCUGUUCAGCCUUAUUGAAACACAUGAAGCAAAACCAUUGAAACUUUAUGUGUAUAAUACAGACACUGAUAACUGUCGAGAAGUGAUUAUUACACCAAAUUCUGCAUGGGGUGGAGAAGGCAGCCUAGGAUGUGGCAUUGGAUAUGGUUAUUUGCAUCGAAUACCUACACGCCCAUUUGAAGAAGGAAAGAAAAUUUCUCUUCCAGGACAGAUGACUGGUACACCUAUUACUCCUCUUAAAGAUGGAUUUAUGGAGGUCCAGCUGUCCUCAGUUAAUCCCCCGUCUUUGUCAUCACCAGGAACUACAGAAAUUGAACAGAGUCUGUCUGGACUUUCUAUUAGCUCAACUCCACCAGCUGUCAGUAAUGUUCUCAGUACAGGUGUACCAACAGUACCAUUAUUGCCACCACAAGUAAACCAGUCCCUCACUUCUGUGCCGCCAAUGAACCCAGCUACUACAUUACCAGGUCUGAUGCCUUUACCAGCAGGACUACCAAACCUCCCUGCCCUCCCCAAUCUCAACCUCCCUGCCCCGCACGUCGUGCCAGGUGUCAGCUUACCGGAACUCAUGAACCCGGGUUUGCCACCUCUUCCUUCCCUGCCUCCCCAAAACUUACCUGGCAUUGCACCUCUCCCCAUGCCAUCCGAGUUCCUCCCGUCAUUUCCUUUGGUUCCAGAGGUCUCUUCCACGGCAGCCUCCACAGAGCUGCUGUCCUCUCUCCCACCCACCAGCAGCCCACCCUCCGACCCUGUCCCGACCACUGCAAGGGCAGAUGCUGCGUCCACGCUCACCGUGGGUGUGACGCCCCCCACUCCCAAGGCCCCGGCCGCUGUUGAGGACAGAGUCGGCGAAUCCAUCCCAGCCAGCAAGAAGCCUGUCUCUGCGGUUACGGAUGCAGAUGCCUCUGAGUCACCUUAGCUUUGGACCGGCCUUCGGAAUUGGCGUGGUGCGCUUAUUUCACCACAGGAGUGUGUCUGGAAACGCAAACUACCGUUAAUUUCAUACUAGUUUGUACCGUAUCUGUAAGCAUCUUGUAAAUAAUUCUGAGGGGAAAACUAAGCAAGAGGACAUGGGUUUGUAUCCUGCCAAGUGGGGGUGGGGCUCAUGGGCCAGGGAGGGAAAUGUCAGGAAGUGCUUGUAUUUUAAAACAACCAAAAAGGAAUUGUAAGGGUGGCUUGCUGCCAGGUUUCCACUGCCAUUCUUGAGGGCGUGCGUCCUUGGGAAAGGUGGCGACAGGGUGUCCACUAGGCUCCCUGUCCUCCUGCUGCCCCUUCUGUAAGAAAAUGAAAUACUUCACGCCUAAUACCCACAUGCGGCAUUUCUUGUAUUUUGUAAAUCAUUUGCGAGAAUGCAGACCACCUCAGUAAACCGUGAAAGGAAAAGAUACUUUACUUUUUGGUCUCUGUGAGUCACAUCUCUAUUAAGGUUUACACGAAAAUUCCAAUGAAAGAUGUUGUUAAAGUUAUACUAUGUGCACUAUUAAUUGAACAUCUUUUUAUUCAGCCUAUACACAGGUCUUUGUUUUGAGCUCUCAAAAGUACUCAGACAACAUUUUGUAACUGCUGCCGUUGUUAUACGUCCACCAAAAAAUGGCAUUUAAAAAGAAAUAAAGAUGAUGUUCCACAGUUUUAAACCAGAAGGUGGCACUUUGUAGCUACUUAUAAUAUUAUAGCUAUACUGGGAAGCAUAGAUACAGCAAUAAAUUACAGUAGUUUUGCUUUUCUUCUUGUGGUACAUUUAAAUUACAACUCCUGAUUGCCAUGGUGCAUUCGUUCCUCUCCAGUGCAUCACACUGCGUUCAUGUAAUUUUUCAUGUCUGAUGUUUGCUGUCUCCUGAAUUUUCUAAGAGAUGGUAAGUUAUGUGGAAUUGAUUUAUUGAAUGAAAUUAAAUGCAUAUUAUAUCUCUUUUUUAAAUAAGAUGAAAGAUUGAUCGGUUAUUGACUUGGCACUAGCAUGAACGUUGCCAGGGGAGCAGCGCGUGGAACUGGUCUGUGAUCACUAGCUGGGAACUACAGUUAUCAGCGCCCACCCAGUGCCAGCCAGUUUUUAGGAUAGGUCCAUUUCUGGAGCCAGGUUCAUACUUAAAGCUAAAUGAUAAAAGAAGGCUCCACCUCUAAUCAUAGCUCCUUCUGUUUGCAUUAUAAAUAUUUCUAGAAUAUUUCUCGCAGUUAACAAUCCUGUUUUUUGAAAUGGAGCUUAUAACAGGUAAGGAAAAUAUUCACAAGCAUACUUAAAUGUUACAACUUUUUACUUUCCAGGAUAGGAAAAGUUGAGCAAGUUGUUAUUACUUUCUAAAAGAUGUUCAUAUUUUUUUAAAAUGUUAAGGAGAUACUUCAUGGAAAGCAAGUAAGUAAUUUUUAAGCUUUAAAGACAGUUUCUUUAACAGUAGUUUUUCCAGUGCAGUGAUUCUUAACUCUUGUGAGGUCACAGUUCGCAUCUGAGGAUGACAGCAGCCCUGAUAUCUUCCCAGUAAAAUGUCUAUAAGCAUAUAAAAAAUACUAAGCUCUGGGGAGAGAGAGGGAUUCUUAGUACUCACUUGGAAGAUGGGCACACACUUGGCCUAGAUUGGCUCAUUGGAUCUUGCUGAGGUGGAAAACACUUUAGAUAUUCUCUGCUUCCUUCAGAAAAACCAGUUUUGGUGUUUAUAGACAGUAGCAUAUCCUUUACCAGUGGCCAGAAACACGGAUGUAAAAGAUAGUGUCCCUACCAGUGGACCACUCACUGUGGCCUUGUAGAGGGGACAGCUCGGGUGGUCAGUGCUCAGGGCACUCGAGGAUAGCGCUCUAACCAUGGAGAUGUGCCCCGCAGUGAGGAUGGCAGUCAGAAUUAGCUUCGAACCCCUGGGUCACUCAGUGUGCCUACGUUCACGUGAGAGGCACAAGGCAGUGACAGGGAGGGCGCUGGUCUGAAUAGGCCCAGUUAUCAGAACAAUUCUCAAAAUAACAGUGGUUUAAACAAGCAAGUUUAUUUUCUCUCCCGUGUUCAGAGUUGGAGGUGGUCUGGCUGAGGCAGGACCAGCCCUUGGCAAUGUCAGAGACCACAGCUCCUGCCUUGUAGUUCUGCCUGGUGUGGUUUCCAUUGCCAAAGUCGUCACAUGGGCCCAGAUGGCAGCCAGAGGCCCCGCCAUGCCCUCCUCGUUCCAGCCAGAAGAGAAGGGCCAGCCCCCCUCUUUGGGGGACAUUUCAGAGAAGUUUCACGCAGCACCUUGGCUUACAUUCUUCUGGCCAGUGUGAAGUUAUAUGGCCACUUCUAGCUGAACGGGAGGCUGAGGAAUGAAGCCUACGCUGUCAUGUACUGAGGAGGAAGAAGAGUGACUAGUGAGGCACCGUGAGCAGCCCCCGCCGAGCCCUCACGUGGCCCCCGCACAGCACCUCCGUUUGCCCAAGAUUCGGUGGAGCCAGAGGAGGCAGCUUGGCCAGGGUGCUGGGGUGGGAGCAGGGAGAUUUCUGAGAGAUGACACUUGACAUGAAGAAUUAUUUAGGCAAAGGAGGGGCAGAGACCAUUUGAGGGCAGAGGAAUGGUGAGGAGUAGAGCGCACAGGGCCAGAUCUUGAGUGCCGGGCUGGGGAGUUGGGACUUUGUCUUAAAAACAGGAGUCACUGGAGGAUUUCCGUGCGGACAAGCUCAUCUGCAUUUGAGGAAGUCUGUCUAGCAGUGGAAGCUGGAGGGGCAGUCAGCCCUGAAAAGAGCGGAAAGGAGGGAGGAGUUUCAGAGCAGACGGAGGAGACUCGGGAGGCUGCUGUCACCUGAAGGCCACUUUGCUAGCUGAUACUCUGUGAGGAUGCUUUUGUCUUUACACUUUGUGUUCCUGUUUUAUGCUUAGUCCCAUACUAAAUGUGCUUACGUUAGAACAGCUGGCUUUAGCUCAAUUCCUGAAAAUUGAAAAAGAAAGUGAGUUGAAAAAGACCUUCCCCGUUUGUGAGGCAGCAACUAAUGUUCAGGAAUGGCUCGGCCGGGGCCUGUGGGUGACGGCCUCCCCUUUAAUUAUCUGACCACCCAGCAAGGGGGGUCAAAUUAGAACCACUUCUAUGAGAAUAUGGAUUCCUGGGUUCCUGAGUUCUGGAAAGCUUUUCAGAGAAUGAGAGACACUAAACACAUUUGUCUCCUUCAUUUAUACCUGCCCCUCCCCAGGUCCAGUUAGCAGAGGCCCUGCACCACCUCCUGGGUGAUAAUUGAGACAGGCUGGUCUAUAACUUGAAGUAAUAAGGCAACAGAAAGUCCAUUGUCUGCUGACACUUUCACCACUUAGCAAAGUGCACACGUUAGAGAAGGGAUCCUUUUAUCAAUGAUACUGUUUGUAGUAGAUCUAGGAAGAACAGUUUCCAGUCUUGCUAACCAACACGUUCCUUUGUCAGCUUCUUACAUGUGAGCCAAUUUGAUUAACUACAAGAAUGGGGAAAUAACACCAGAACCACAGGCCAGCGGAAGGGCAGGUGAAACCACUCCCAGGCUGGCAUCACUUUGGGAGCUGGAGAGGGACAGAGACAGAGAGAAUGCACUGUUCACAGGGAUGCGGCCAGUGGCAGAGGCACCCAGAAGCUCCAGGGCUGGGGACAGAGUUCACUGUUAAAGAGCAGCUGAGGACUGACCAGUGCAGGGAGAGCAGCCUCUCCAGGGGGUUACACGAGCACCGUGCCCUCUGGUCACUCUUCGCCAGUUCAAACAAAAUGGGGAAACACACUCCAUCUGCUGGUGGACGUGGGCUCAGGGACUUUGUGUUAUUAGAGUUAAGGUUGCACCAUAUUUCCUGGCACUAGAUAGAAACAGGCCUCGACUCGUGGGGUAGAUACUGAAGGGAGGAGCUGAGCCAGCCCUGUGCAAAGCGCUUUGUAGGACAGUCUACCCAGUGAACAAGAGGUAGCUUCCUCCAGACUCGUUCCUUUGAGCCACGCUGUAUAUUUUUAAAUGUGAAUUAAUUGCCAACAUUUUAAAAUCAGAAAAUUUCACAUAAAUCCAGAUUUCUGGUUUCUCUUACCCCACAUCUGGCAACACUAGUUCCUCAGCCCCACAAGGAAAUAACCGCCCCCUUGAGCCUACACCCGCCAGUUUGCCACCUGGCCCACUGGUUUCUUCCACCUGCCCAGUCCACAGGCGUCUGAAGUUUUAUCCUGGUAGGGAUGAGUGGGAAGCCUGGGCUUCAAAAAGUUGGAGGGUCCAGAGCCUAGGGGAUCCAGGAUCAGAAAAUAAGAUCUUUCAUGGACAUGAUUUUGGAUCCAUGAAUCAUGGUGAAAUUGGUGCUAAGGUUGACAAAAUUUGAAGCAGUCCCUUAAACUAUAAACCUGGGGGAGAAAUGGGUGUCUGGACAAUGACAGGAAUUUGGGUCUCCCCAGCCUCUUCUGGAAGCCAAGUCUGGGACCAAAAACCCAUUAGUUAUUUACCUUAACAACCAAAUCUCUUGAAAUAUAUCAUCAGUUCUCUUUUUUUUUUUUUUUUU